AGCAUGAACGCGUUUCAGCCCCUCAUCAAACGGCUUCAGGCCAAGCUUCAAGGAUCGCCCAAGUUCUACGGUUCGAGCUGGGCGCCUGUCAUUGAUAAGCCUAACGUAGUUCAAGGCGUGUUAGGAUGGGAGAGUGUGCAGGUAAUUCUGACAUUGGUUCCUCCGGUUCACCUGCCCAUUGGUCAUAGGCACACUGGAAUGCUUUGGCUUGUCCACGCCGUACUGACGCAAUACAAAGUGCCAACUUGAUGAUGUACGAAACUUUGUUGUUGUUGUAAUGGGAAGGUAUUCUGAAGUCACGAAAUUUGUACAGUCUUGGUCCUUGGAUAUCCCCGAGGGUUCCUCUGUUUUCGAUAUGCACUAGCAAAAAGUUAGCCGUGUGCCUGCAGUAACGG